AUGGUCCAAGAGAGCACGAUGAUUUGGUAGGUUUGAAACUGUUUUUAAUUUUGAGACUGUUUCAAAUUUUCAGUGUUGACAACUCUGAAUGGAUGCGCAACGGCGACUUUCCGCCAACACGACUCCAAUCGCAACAAGAAGCCGUCAAUUUGGUGACGAACGCGAAAUUGAGGGCCAAUCCGGAGAACGCCGUCGGAAUCAUCUCCAUGGCUGAGUUAGUUGGGGCCGAAAAGAUGAAGUUGUAAAAUCAGUGAAAACAUGCAUCUUUUAAGUGAAAACGUGGAGAAAUUGAAAUUUUCCAGAAGCGUCCAAGUAUUGUCGAGUCUCUCGACGGAAGCCGGUCGUUUGCUCAUGAAAGUGCACAAUAUUGAGCCGCUUGUGAGUGAAUUUGCAGUGAAUUCUAAAAGGAAUGCAACAAUUUGUAGGGCAAGUGCAACUUCAUCGCGGGCAUCAAAAUCGCUCACUUGGCGCUGAAACAUCGUCAAAACCGGAACCACAAGAUGCGCGUCGUCCUUUUCAUCGGCUCGCCCCUGGAAGAGAUCGACUCGGCCGAGCUGGUGCGCAUCGGAAAGAAGAUGAAGAAAGAGAAGGUGCUGUGCGACGUGAUCAUGUUCGGAGACAACGAUUCGGACGGCCACGAGAAGUUCUCGCAGUUCGUCGACACGCUCAACGGCAAGGAGGGCUCCGGCUCCUCCCUGGUCGUCGUGCCCACCGGCUCCUCGCUCACCGACGCCAUUCUGCAGUCGAGUGUGUGCAGAUCCGAGGACGGGCAGGCCGCUUUCGGAGGCGCCGCAGCAGGGGAGAACGCCUUCGGAAUGGACGUCGACAACGAUCCAGACUUGGCGCUGGUCAGUACUUGCAAAUUCACUGAAAUCGAGGAUAUAAUUUUCAGGCUCUGCGCGUGUCGAUGGAGGAAGAACGUGCCCGUCAGGCAGCGGCGGCGGCUGCGAACGGAGGAAAUGCGGACGGAGGGAAUGCGGCGGCGGAGCAGGAGAUGCCGGCGGCGGUCCCGCUCGAGGAGAUGGACAUGGGCGCGAUGACGGAGGAGCAGCAGCUGGAGUGGGCUCUGCGCCUUUCGAUGCAGGAGAACGCGCCGGGAACGGGCGGAGCGGAGCAGAUGGACGUGGACGGAGAGGGACCGGCCGGAGGGAACGAAGGGGGACUCGACGACCUCAUGAACAACCCCGAGUUGUUGCAGCAGAUUGUCGAUGAACUGCCCGCCGCUGGCGACGAUGUGAGCGCCAUUUUGUUGAGGGCAAAUUUGGGACUGUCUAGAGUUUUUGUGUUGAGCGAAGGAAAUCAACGGAAGAAGUUACAUAUUUCUAGAGCACUCUAUCAUGAAAUCUACAACGACAUGAACGCUAUUUAUGAAAAAAUGAUUGUGAACAAAACUUUCCAUGAGAAAACAUUGUUCAAAAAGAAUAAUGCAGUUUUGCAGGCGGAGAAGGAGGACGAGAACGAGAAGUGA